AUGGGCUCUCCCGACGACGGCACAGAAAGCCGCAGCCACCUGUCCCCACUCUUCAGCAAAGCCCCGCGGGCUCCGAAGGGCGAGCGCGGGGACCUGGCAGGGACCACAUCGCGGCGGCGGGCGAGUCCCCUCCACGCCCCUCAGCAGCUCCCAGGCUACGGCAGCGGUCUCCUUGCCCCCGUCACUCACCGCCCCGGGGCCCGGCCGGGGAUGGAGCAGGAUAGUCUGUCAGUGAAGGAAGGGGAUGCAUAUGUUGUCGAUUUCGAGAUCCAGAGCGACAAUGGGGAGAACUCUAAUCAGGAUCUGUUUGAGGAUGUCGAAUCACAUGAGAUGUUCUCAGAAAUGCCCGAAGGGGAAGGCAUUCCGCAGUCCGACUGGGAAAGUGACUCUGAGAGAGACUGUGGCUCCAGGGGGCCCCAGGGGAACGCCCCGCGUGGGGACCACAGGGAGGUGCCCUCCCAGGGCAGGGAAGUGGGGCAGCUCAUCGGCCUUCAGGGCACCUACCUGGGUGAGAAGCCCUACGAGUGUCCCCAGUGUGGGAAAACCUUCAGCCGGAAAUCCCACCUGAUCACCCACGAGCGGACCCACACGGGAGAGAAGUACUACAAAUGCAACGAAUGCGGGAAAAGCUUUAGCGAUGGUUCCAACUUCAGCAGACACCAAACCACCCACACGGGGGAGAAACCUUACAAAUGCCGAGACUGUGGGAAGAGCUUUAGCCGGAGCGCAAACCUCAUCACCCACCAGAGGAUCCACACGGGAGAAAAGCCCUUCCAGUGCGCCGAGUGCGGCAAGAGCUUCAGCAGGAGCCCCAAUCUCAUUGCCCACCAGCGAACCCACACGGGCGAGAAGCCCUACUCGUGCCCCGAGUGUGGGAAGAGCUUCGGCAACCGGUCCAGCCUUAACACUCACCAGGGCAUCCACACGGGCGAGAAGCCGUACGAGUGCAAGGAGUGCGGGGAGAGCUUCAGCUACAACUCCAACCUGAUCCGCCACCAGCGCAUCCACACGGGCGAGAAGCCCUACCGGUGCGCCGAGUGCGGGCAGAGGUUCAGCCAGAGCUCGGCGCUCAUCACGCACCGGCGCACGCACACGGGCGAGAAGCCCUACCAGUGCGCCGAGUGCGGCAAGAGCUUCAGCCGCAGCUCCAACCUGGCCACGCACCGCCGCACGCACCUGCUGGAGAAGCCCUACAAGUGCGGCGAGUGCGGCCGGAGCUUCAGCCAGAGCUCCAGCCUCAUCGCGCACCAGGGCGCGCACACGGGCGAGAAGCCCUACGAGUGCCUGACGUGCGGCGAGAGCUUCAGCUGGAGCUCCAACCUCCUCAAGCACCAGCGAGUGCACACGGGCGAGAAGCCGCACAAGUGCGCCGAGUGUGGCAAGGCCUUCGGCCAGCGCUCGCAGCUCGCCGCGCACCGGCGCACGCACACGGGCGAGAAGCCCUACCAGUGCCUCCUGUGCGGCAAGAGCUUCAGCCGCGGCUCCAUCCUCGUCAUGCACCAGCGCGCGCACCUGGGCGACAAGCCCUACCGCUGCCCCGAGUGCGGCAAGGGCUUCAGCUGGAACUCGGUGCUCAUCGUCCACCAGCGCAUCCACACUGGGGAGAGGCCCUACAAGUGCCCCGAGUGCGGCAAGGGCUUCAGCAACAGCUCCAACUUCAUCACCCACCAGAGAACGCACGCCAAAGACAAAGCGGACUGAGCCGGCCGCGCGCUGGUGGCCCGCGGGCCCACGGUGACGCCCCUUCUGGAGGGGGGGGUGUCUUUGGGGACUCGGGCCCGAAUCUCACCCGCUGCCGUCCCGUUGAGCAGACUCACGCCCCCCGGAACGGGGCGGGGGACGGAAGGUCGCAGAGUUGGGUCUCUUUCCGUUUCAUUGCAUGACACGCCAUGGCCUUCCGCUCUCCUGGUCCUCCGGGCCUCCGUUUCCUCUUUGGUAGCACAGGGGGAGUGUUUCUCGUGGGGGACGGAAGACCGCGGGGCCCACAGCCCGGCAGCCCGGGCCGAGGCCUCAGAAAUACUGGAAAGCGACAGGUGCGGGCUGGUGGUUCUGCUGCCCCUUGGCCGGGUUAAGGUGCCUUCGCCCGGAGCUGCUGGUGUGCCAGGGUGUCAGGUCAGAAGCCGCCCUCCCUGGCCUUGUGUCCUGGGCUUUGAUUUCAGGUCAAGGGGGAUGGGCUUUUCCAACUCUGAGUCAUCCACAGGAAGGUAAAGCCCUUUUCUAUCUGUGGAAGGUGUCAGGGACUCCGAGACCCGAGGGAGUGUGGCCUGGAACCACUGUCCCCAGAGCCUUUCCGUUGGUAAGAGUCGAACAGGGCCCACCAGGGAGGGUAGAAACUGAGGGUAUGGACACGUUUGCUUGUGUCUUUACUUACCUUCCUGUGGUAAGUCAGCCGCCAGGGGAAUGCACUCGUUUUUGUGGGGUUUUGUUUUUUGAGUGGGAAAUCGGGGACCCCAGCCGCCUACCCCUGGUGGAUGGUGGGUUGUCUCUUCGAGGGUGAAAGAGCCCUGCACCCUUCAGGGUGGGCUUGUGUCUUCACCCCCACAGAUACUAGCCCCUAAAUCAUCUCUCUAUGCACUUGUCAUUCCCCUGUUCUUCUCGUUUUUAUUUUAUAGGUGCAGGGCUAGAGUUCUGUCUGGUAGCUUUUGUAUACGUUCAUAUUUUUAAGGAAGUGUUGAUUUUGAGGACACAUCCUCUGUCCUCUGGACAGAUUUGGGCUUGAAUCAGGAGUUGUCCUAUAGGUGUCAUCCUUGAUCCCGGGAUGCUACCAGGGCUUUGUUCUUGGUUCCUUGAGCCUUGAGACCAUAAAGACCAGGGGAUGAUAGCAGGUCAAGGGGUUUGUUAUAAGGAAGAGGAGAACAGAGAAGGUGUUUCUGGGAAAUAUGAAACCACCUCCUCCAGUGCAUGGAGCCUGUGCUCACAAUGGGCCUUGGUUCUUAGAGAAUGGAUGCUCAAUAUUUCCUAAUAAAAUAG